AUGAAAGUAUUACCUUUAUAUUUUCUACUAAUAGUUUUAAUUUUAUUGGAACCCACUACGGCAAAGGUUUUUAGGGUCAACAAGAUGACCUGCCAAACCCUUGAUAGUUCCUUGUGCCAUUUCAAAACUUGUGAAGUUGUUCAUAAGGAAAAUGGCCGAGCUGCUCUGUACUUUAACGAAGUAAUCGAUUACAAGAAACCUAUCGAUGAUGUUCUACUAAAUUUAGGCGUUUUCAAAAUAUUAAAAAACCGUCGCUUUCAAUUCGUAAACGAGACUCUGGACUUUUGUGCCUUUAGUCGUCAGUUGAUGUUUGCCACAGGCAUUUUUGGCUUUGUGAUGGCUCCAAUUUUGAAUAUUUCCAACAUCAACUUCUCAUGCCCACUACAGCAAUCAAAUAUUAUUUUUAAUGGCUUUGUCAUCGACGAGAAUACACUUAAGGAGAUUCCCAUUCCAAAUGGUGUCUACAUGUUUAAUAUUCGUGCAGCUUAUAUGAAAAGGUGGGCAACCGAUGUCAAGAUCUACGCCAGCCGAGUGGAAAAGUAUUCAUAA